CUUGUCUGGGUGUGUCCCUCUAAAACCAGCAGGUACUCCUGCCGCAUUUUCGUCUCUCUGUCUCUGUUGGAAAGACUUGAACCGUCCGGGAUGGAUAUGUUCGCCUAUAAAUCGCUUCUCUUUCUGCUCUCUUUUAUCGGAUGCCGUGCGGGAAAGCCGAUACUGCCGGAGGGUCCGGUGGAUGCCGUUUUGGGGAAAAAUGUGACUCUAAAAACGCUGGUUGAUAAUCCGACCUAUAAUGUUAUAAUAUGGAAUUUCGAAGGAAACAACAUCAUCACCUUGUAUCCGGAAUCGCUGACAGUGAGCGACUUGUACAAGGGAAGGGUGUCGAUUAACCGGACCAAUGGUUACCUGACCCUGUCAUCCGUCAAGUCGGAGGACAGCGGUGAUUACACCAUCACCAUACUAUCAACUACGACGGAAACCGACCAGAUCAAGCUCCGAGUCCUGGAGCCCGUGACCACUGUGGCCAUCAAGUCCAACGUGCCCAAGGCCGUAGAGCACAACAGCACCGUGGUUCUGACCUGCUCGGCUAAAGGCUCCUUCGUCAAGUUCACCUGGCUCAACGGCACGGCGAAAAUAGUGGCCGACGGCAUUCGGAUUACAAGAAAAGAUGAGGAGCUGUCCACUAUGCUCACCAUCAGAGGUGUUCUCAGGUCAGACCUCAUUGGUCCCAUCGUCUGCACAGCCGGCAACAAACUGGAGGUCGAGAAGAGUGCCCCCUUCAACCUCCCUGUCUACUUCGGACCAGAUAAAGUCACCAUCACUCCUCCGAUGGUUCCCAAAUACGUCUUGACCGGCUCCAACCUCAACCUGUCCUGUGCAGCCGUCUCCAGCCCGCCCGCCGCCUUCACCUGGUACCAUGGCAAGAAGAUGAUUGAGAACCCAGGGCCCGUCCUGACACUGGCAAAGAUAGAGAAACUUGGAUUAGGAAAGAAAGCUGGGGAGUACACGUGCGCAGCCCAAAACUCUGAAACAGGACGCUUCGUCGCUUCUCCUGCAGUGUCCUUCACUAUGUUGGAGCCCGUCGUGGGUGUUAAAAUCACCGGUCCAUCUGGAACCCUCACUGCCGGCAACAGCACUGCCAACAUCAGCUGCCAGGCGAAGUCAGGCAGCGAUAAGACCCUGACCUGGACCAAAAACGGCAAACCACUGACCGCCAGCUCCCGCGUGGUGUUCUCCAGCGACAUGACCUCGGUGAUGAUCAAACCUCUGCAGAAAGAGGACAACGGAGAGAUCAUGUGUAUGGUCAGCAACCCGGUCAGCAAAGAAGUCGCCUCCCACAAGAUGGUCGUCAACUACGGUCCUGAACCGGUGACGGUGACAGGUGUUAAUGCGGUCGAGGUGAACGAACCUGUGACGCUAACAUGCUCAGCUGCCUCCGUCCCCGCCGCCAACUUCACCUGGAAGUUUAACGGCACAAUGACCGCGGUUAAGACGGCCCAGUAUGCCAUCGAGAAGGCCGUCUACAAAAGCACUGGAACAUACACAUGCGAGGCGACCAACGCUGUCACAGGCAAGACCAUGAAGGCCAACCACAUUCUGUCCGUCACAGAGGAGGGAGCGUUGGAUGACGGUCUCUCAGACGGAGCCAUUGCUGGAAUCGUCAUUGCCGUCCUCAUCGCUCUUGGCGCCGCCAUCGGUGUUAUCAUGUACUGCAGACAGAAAGUGCCCGUUUUUUCUGUUUCCAGUGUCGAGUCUCCGUACUAAAGACGUCCUGCUGACACACGGCCCAAACAUCCCGCCGUUUUGUUUCCCAUGAUCCACCUGUGCAGGAGGAGGGAGGAGCAUCCAAUCUGGUCCAGCUGGUUUCCUGUGAAGCCCCUCGCUCCACACAAGAUUUCCCAUCAUCCCUUUGUCUCCCCCCCCCCCCCCCACCGCCGCCCCGCCAUCUUUCACCUUUUGUCCGCCUCGCCUCCUCCUUCAGGAAACCAAAAAAAAAGCAGAAAAACUCAGACGUUUCCUGGGCUAAAGCUGACGGACUGACGGUUCUGAUGAGUGACUCUCUUUAUCCUGCUGGAAACCCGAGUAGGGAACACACACACACACACACACACACACACACACACACACACACACACACACAAACUGGAACAUUAGAUGGCUGUGAUGCCUGGAUGAUCACACACACGGAGGCCACACACAUCGUCUUUCAGGACUCUGGGUUAAAAUAUCUUACCAAGUUUUUGUGGUUUGAUUUAUCUCACUGUCUGUGCCGGGUGGGUGGAGUUUAGCUGAUGGGGGCUCUGGGUGGGGGGGGGGGGGUCGCAUCAGGUGCAGCAGCGGUUUUCAAAGUAAGGUUUUGAGAAGCUUCUCAGCCCCUGACAGUGUAACUGGAGGUCAGCUUGAUCUAAAAUACCUCUGUUUCUCUUUGAACGGUCUUACUCAGCACACACAAACAUAUCACCAGAUGACAUUUUGUUUCUAUUCUACUAAGCUUAACAAGCUUUUUUUUCUCUCGUUACCGCCCCCUCCCGUCCAGCUGCUCAGCGUGCUUUUCUGUUGUUCAUCAAACACAAACUGUGAGCUGAGCUUCAAACACAUGAACAACACAUGACGGGCAUUUAUUUAAGACUGUUUUAGAGCUGUGAUUUGACCUCUUCUGUCUCACACUGCCGUUGUGAAGCAUCAGGUUCAUGUAACGUUAAAUUAAAAUCAACUGUUUUUAUAUAUGCUGAACCAAAGCUAGAAAGUGCCUUAUGAGAAAUAUAAAACUUUAGAAAAGAGUAGAGUUCAUAAUAAUAACUUAAAGUAAUUAAUAAUGUAUUUUUAAUUGAUAAAACGUUUUAUUUCUGACACUUAACAAAGCUUAAAAAGAAUCAAAGGCUUUAUUUUAAAAGGGGGAUCUUCUUAAAAGAUGGUCAGCAUUAAGAACAUAAAAUAAUUAUUCCUC